AGCAAGAACUAUCAUCGAGGGGAUUGAGGAAUAUCAGGAUUGCUGAAGAAGAGGGACUUGGCUCGAACAUUUGGCGCCCGAACAGGGACCUUUGGAGAAGGUCCAUAUUCCGGAUGGAGUUCACUUGGGAACUCAAUAAAUAUUUAACCCAGAGUCUGGCUGACGGCGACUGCGACAGCGGCUUCGGUAUCGAAUUUUCAUUUUGCAUCCAGAUCCUGAUGGCUCCACAACCCCGUGUCAAUCACACCUCAGGGAGCAGACGCUCCCGAGUACAAGCUACCUACCGCUGCCGAGUCUGCUCCGGAAGCCAUCCACUCCGAGACUGCCGUAGCUUCCUCAAGCUGAGCGUGGCGAAGAGGCUCCGAGCCGUGCUGGUCAACAAAUACUGCCGGAACUGCCUGGCUCAUCAGCACUCUGGCAAGGAUUGCCGAAGUGGUGGCCGGUGCAAGGUGUGCCACAAGGACCAUCACACGCUGCUCCACAUGCGACCGUCCCAGCGCCCAGCCCGCUCGGAGUCGCCAGCUCCGUCUCCAGCUCCGUCUCCAGCGCCGGUGUCCCGAGCCGAUCGCCGCCCCCGUUCUCCGGAAAGACGCCCCAAGCCGGGGCCCUCCCGGCGGCCAGCCCGCUCAAAGUCGUCGGCCGCGACUCCAGGUCCGUCUCCAGCUCCGGUGUCCCGAGCCGAUCGCCGCCAACGGGUUCCCGCAAGACGCCCAAAGACGUGGUCCUCUCAGCGCCCAGCCCGCUCGGAGUCGUCAGCCGUGACUCCAGGUCCGUCUCCAGCUCCAGUGUCCCGAGCCGAUCGCCGACCCAUCGUGGGUCAUCCGGCUCCAUCGGUCGAUACGCUGCUCCAGCACCGAAGCACCAACUGCCUCCCGACAGCCCGAGUGGUCUUGGACACGGGAACGAAAACCCACGAGACAACGGCGCUCAUCGACCCAUGCACGCCUGUGAGCUGCAUUGACGCUUCCUUGGCCGCCGACUUAAAGUUGCCCAGCACGCGCAUCGGAGCGGAGAAGGUGGCCACAGCCAUUAUCCGCGCCAGGACCGGCGAUGUCCAAUUGGACGUGGUCCUCAAACUGGCGCCCCGCUUGUAACAUAUAACCUGCGAGGAGAUGUUCGUUUAACUGAGUGGGGUACGCGUUUGCUUCCGGCUUUUCUCUGGUCGGCUGGGGGUGGGUUACGGGGAAUUGGCCGACAGUUAAGGAUCUCGCGUUCAAAUAAAUAGGACAAAAAAAAAUCGCGUACUUUAGGAUAGGGAAUGGGGGAGGAAGACCACGGUACAGCAAAGAACUGAAAAGAAGGGGACGAAAAGAUUUACGGACAGACUGGUACUGGUUUUAGGCGAUGCUGGGCAUUGGGCUGCAUGUGCGAAAUCGCACGGACGCCCUCCCUACCAUGAUCUCUUAGGUGCCAAGGUUACAUAGAGAUCCCUCCCAACGCCGUUCCGGCGUUAGACUGUGGCUUCAAGGUCGGCAUGGGUCCAACAAAAAAAAUAAUAUUAGU